CAUAUAUUCUUCAAGUAUUCCAAACUGUUAAAUGAAAAACAGAGCUUACUCUGUUUUACUCUCUGUUUCUCUUCGUUAGGACUUCACUGUCCUUUCUUUUCUUUUCCAUGAUCCUAAACACAACUACUCUGUUUUCUAUUCCCACAGUUUCCCUAUUUCUUCUUUUGAGAGAGAGGGCUAUUGCGGUAGUUUCGGGAAAUAGCGGGUUUGGUUUCCAGUGACAAGAAAUCGAACCAUUUCCCACUGAGUUCCAGUCAAAUCUCUCUGUUUUUUUUUUUUCUCUCUCUCUUGGUUUUCGAAUGGAUCCGUUUAAGCUCCGGAAGGUCAAAGUUGAUAAGGCAAAUGCAAUCCUAAAGUAUCGGAGGCUAAGGCAGAUCACACACUUGUUCAGAUUAGUUGAAAUAUGUGCUGUUCUGGUUUUGAUUUCGAGGCUCUCCGCUCACCUCCCAGAUGCUGUCAAGAACUCCGGUGAGUAUUUCCGGGACUUAUCUGUCAUCCUAGCAAGCCCGCGCUUUGUGUUCAUUCUCGGAAACUUGAUUGUCAUCAUUCUUUUUGCAAAGUCUGGUCAGUUUUCCGGCCAAGAUUCUGCUAUGCGAAGUUCGAGCUUCGAUUUAUAUCAAGAGUUUGUCAAAAAAAGUGAAAGGAGGCACGGUAUCCAUCGAGACGUGGUUAGAUACAGAGAACAGCAGAGUAUAACCGAAACAAAAAACAGAGAAAAACAGAGAACUUCUGAAGCGAAACAGGGAGAAACACAGAGUACGUGUGAAGAAAAAAACAGAGAAAAACAGAACAUAUUUGAAGAAAGAGUUGUUGCUAACACUGUCUCUGCUUCCAGAGAGAUCAAGAGUUACCAAAGAACUCGAUCCGAGAAUCUCAGGCAUGUGACUUUCGAAAAUUUUGCGCAACUAAGGCGAUCACAGACAGAGAAGUUCACGGAAAGCUCUGAGUCUAAUAUGAAACUGGUGAAUAUCUCGUACCCGGAAGACGCAAUGAGCAACGAAGAGUUCCGAAACAAGGUGGAAGAAUUCAUCGCAAGGCAGAAAAGGUUUCGGAAGGAUGAAGAGUACUCUGUUAUCUAGAGAGCUCUAAGUGUCUGUAUGUACAUGUAAAAAAUCAUGUAGUACAUAAGAUGGAAAUUAUCAAA